CCCAGCUACCUAACUUACCUACAUUAGACUUGUAGGUAGUGGGGGCAGAAAUUCUAGAUGAGCUUGACACAACUUCGCGGAAGCCAGUUUCCAAAUGGAGUUUUAUGGACCACUUUAACCUAGGCAAACUCGGAAGAUUGAUCGGCCCGUGACGUCAGAGAUCGUGCUGACAUCCAUGGGGGCCAUUCCGGUGCACGUGCUUAUGAGGGGCUCACGUCCUUUGCAGUACCUACUGCGAGUGCGACGCAUUUCCACACAGGUUGAAUCACAACUUUCCUUAGCUCAAAAGUGGGCCCUCAUCAUGUGCCGAACAAUAGAGCAAUCCUAAGAACUCACCCCUAAUUUGCAUUCCUUCCUUGCGAACCCUACAGACCCGGUCGCAGAUCAGCGAAUGCAAUAAGAUAAAGGCUUCUGCCCCCUUAACCCCAGCCAGAUCCUCAGCUACUUAAAGCUCCGUGUCUUUCCGUCAUUCUCAAACUUCAACUCGCCGAGCUUCCUUUGCUUUCAAGCAUCCAAAAGCUCCUGCUUCUGUUCUCAGCUCCCAGAACAAGACUCUGUACCCGCCUUGCAACCAGUCAGAUUCUUCUUAUCUUCAAAGUCAGCAGCAAUGGCGGCAGUCCCUUCCGGAGCUGAGGCUUAUGCGAAGCUGUAUCCUGAGACGUCCAGCGAUGGGGUGCUCCGCCUGGGCAACAUUGCCCCUGACUUCUCCGCAGAAACCACCAAGGGCCCCAUGCCUAGUUUCCACAAGUGGAUCGAUGGGCACUGGGCCAUCCUCUUCUCUCACCCUGCAGACUUCACCCCGGUGUGCACCACUGAGAUCGGCCGGUUGGCCCUCAAGUACGACUACCUCAACUCCAUCGGUGUCAAGCUGGCCACCCUCUCCUGCGACCCCGUGAGCAGCCACACCAAGUGGCUGGAGGAUGUGGUGGCGCACUGCGAGAACAAGAUCACGAUCGACUUCCCCAUCAUUGCUGACCCCACGCGCGAGAUCAGCGUCAAGUACGGCAUGCUGGACCCCACCAUCAAGGACAAGGAGGGCCUGCCCCUCACCUGCCGCGCCGUCUUCAUCAUCGGCCCCGACAAGAAGCUGAAGCUGUCUCUGAACUACCCCGCUUCCGUCGGCCGCAACAUGGACGAGAUUGUGCGAGUGACGGACGCCCUCAUGCUCUCCGCCAAGCACUCCAUCGCACUCCCCGCGAACUGGCCCAACAACCACGAGAGCAUCGGCAUGAAGGGCUCCGCGUUUUUGCUGCCCACCGUGACCAAGGAAGACGCGCAAAAGUACUUCCCGGGAUACAAGACGUGCGCGGUGCCGUCGGGCGUAGAGUACCUCCGCCUAACCAAGAUCGAAGACCUGAAGUUGUAGAUGGGCUCGAGCGGUCUGAGUUGGAAAUGGGUCAGGGAGAGUUUCAUGUUGGGUUACUAAGUACGGUGGUGUUACUAAGAGUUGGUGUAAAUCCGAUGAACCUGGGAUGAUUACUAAGUACACAGAACGCGCGCUCGCUUUUGGGAAGGUUCGUUGAUUGGAGCUUGCCACGUGUGCUUAACAGAUAGAUCUUCACAAGCGACCUGGCAGCCCCUAUAAUAUACUCGAGUCAGCUCGUUGUCAUAAGCAGUAGCUAGCUGUCUUGAACCAUUUUGAAACAUGACAUAUAAAGCCUUUCUGUCGUUCAAAGCUUCUUCGUCUUCUUCGAG